AUGACCCAGCGCCGGGAGCCGCUGGACCAGGAGCUGGAGGCCCUCGGGUGGUACCACGAUAAUCUCACCCGGCACGCAGCAGAAGCGCUGCUGCUUUCCAACGGGCAGGAUGGCAGCUAUCUUUUGAGGAAGAGUAAUGAAAGGGAAGAUUUGUACUCCCUCUCCGUAAGGGGAAAAGAUUCUGUGAAACACUUCCAUGUUGAACAUACAGGAACUUCAUUCAAAUUUGGGUUUAAUGAAUUUUCUAGCUUGAAGGAAUUGGUCAUGCAUUUUGCCAAUCAGCCUUUAAUUGGAAGUGAAACAGGAACCUUAAUUGUGUUGAAGCAUCCCUACCCACGGCAAGUGGAAGAACCUUCCAUAUAUGAGUCUGUCCGAGUUCACACUGCAAUGCAGACGGGAAGGACGGAAAGUGAUCUUGUUCCAAAUGCUCCCUCACUUGGUACAAAAGAAGGAUAUUUGGUAAAACAAGGCAAAAUAGUUAAGAACUGGAAGACAAGGUGGUUUACACUGCAUAGGAAUGAACUUAAGUAUUUCAAAGACCAGACAGCCACAGAACCAAUUCGGGCACUUGACUUAACUGAAUGCUCAGCUGUGCAAUUUGACUAUUCCCAGGAAAGAGUCAAUUGUUUCUGUUUAGUGUUCCCACUGAGGACAUACUACCUGUGUGCAAAAACUGGAAUAGAAGCCGAUGAGUGGAUUAAAAUACUGCGAUGGAAACUGUCACAAAUACGGAAGCAGCUGGAGGAGCGCAACGCCACCCUCAGUUCCUAGCUGUGCCGCCAGCACUGCUCCAUUGGCAGGAAUUGCCCCCCUGCCACGGGAAAGCAGUGCUUACUAAAAGACAGUUUCACAUGCCAUGGUGGGUGUGU